UGGGUCAGAAAGACCAGUGGAAAACUCCCUAGGAGAGAGCCAUAGAAGAUGUACACUACAGAAGAGAACUGUAAUCAGGGAACUCAAAAAAGAAAACCCUAUCAUGUAUGCCCUCAUAAGGGUAGAAAGAUUGUUAUCCAUGUACAUAAAAUUACUCAAAUAGAUGAUCAGAUUUACCAGUGCCUUGAACGUGAGCGAAGCUUCCGUGAAAACUUAGCUCUUAUUAUGUGUGAGAGAACCCAUACUGGAGAGAAACCUUUUAGAUGUGAUAUGUGUGAGAAAACCUUCAUCCAAAGCUCAGAACUCAUUUCACAUCAGAGGUUCCACACAUACGAGAAACCUUAUAAAUGUAGCAAAUGCGAGAAGAGUUUUUGGCACCACUUAGCCCUUUCAGGACACCAGAGAACCCAUGCAGGGAAAAAAUUCUAUACAUGUGACAUUUGUGACAAGAAUUUUGGUCAGAGCUCUGAUCUGCUUGUCCACCAGCGAAGCCAUACAGGCGAGAAACCUUACUUAUGUAGUGAGUGUGAUAAAUGCUUCAGCAGAAGUACAAACCUCAUAAGACAUCGAAGAACUCACACAGGGGAGAAACCAUUUAAGUGUCUGGAAUGUGAAAAGGCUUUUAGUGGGAAAUCAGAUCUUAUUAGCCACCAGAGAACUCAUACUGGUGAGAGGCCCUACAAAUGUAAUAAGUGUGAGAAGAGUUACCGUCACCGUUCAGCCUUCAUUGUACAUAAAAGAGUUCAUACUGGGGAGAAGCCCUAUAAGUGUGGUGCCUGCGAGAAAUGCUUUGGCCAGAAAUCAGACCUAAUUGUGCACCAGAGAGUCCAUACAGGUGAAAAGCCGUAUAAAUGCUUGGAAUGUAUGAGAAGUUUUACUCGGAGUGCCAAUCUAAUCAGGCACCAGGCAACUCACACUCAUACUUUUAAAUGCCUUGAAUAUGAGAAAAGUUUCAACUGUAACUCGGACCUUAUUGUACAUCAGAGAAUUCACAUGGAGGAGAAACCACACCAGUGGUCAACCUGUGAGAGUGGCUUCAUUCUAGGCAUGGACUUUGUUGCCCAACAGAAAGUGAGAACUCAAACAGAGGAGCUCCAUUAUAAAUACAGUCUGUGUGAUAAAAGCUUCCACCAGAACUCGGCACUUAUUCAACACCAAACAAUCCACAUUGGUGAAAAACCAUAUAUCUGUAAUGUUGGUGAGAAAGGUGUUGAGCUCAGCCCUCCCCAUGCUUCAGAAGCCUCACAAAUGUCUUGACUAGAUAAGUUAAAAUACCAUGCAAAGAAAUGUAUUUACAUGUCAGAAAACUCACUAUGAUGAAAAAACUUAGGCAUAUCUUAACAGUGAAACAGACUUUUCAGAGCUCAACAUCCUGACCUCAGUGGGGACCAG